AUGGCGCGGAUACAUUUCAACAGUGGUGCUGGCGCUGGCGGUAAUGGAGGAGAGAGCAAUGUCUCGAAACCGGUCAAGAGAAUGCGCUGGGCUACAACGCGCAAAUCUGGCCAGAGCGGUGUGAACAAAAGGAGGUCUCUACUCGAGCGGGUUCCCAGAGUGACGCUGUCAACCUACGAAGAAAAGCCUUCCGGGCAGGAAAACCAUGGCCAAAUAUCAGGCGAUAGUCCGAUGGGCCAGGUGCAACAGGAAGGCGAGUCUUCAGACCGCAAAAUUUAUGUCAAUCAACCUCUCCCCCCGGAAGCCAUGACAGAAGACGGGCAUAUCAAGGCGCAGUAUGCGAGGAAUAAGAUCAGGACGGCGAAGUACACCCCGCUGAGCUUCAUACCGAAGAACUUGUGGUUUCAAUUCCACAAUAUCGCCAAUAUCUACUUUUUCUUCAUCAUUAUCCUAAGUAUUUUCUCCAUUUUUGGCGCCUCGAAUCCUGGCCUGGGAUCAGUGCCUCUAAUCUUUAUCUUGACCGUGACGUCUAUCAAAGACGCCGUGGAAGAUUGGGGCAGAACGGUGCUGGACACUGAAUUGAACAACUCGCCAGUUUACCGGUUGGUGGAUUGGCACAAUGUGAACUCUUCCGACGAUGAUGUUUCAGCGUGGAGGAGGUUUAAAAAGUCAUGCACAAGAACAGUCAUUAAAACCUAUCGCUGGAUGAAAAGUGUCACCAGCAAGAAACAAAAGCGUUCAGAAAAGGACGCGGACGAAGGUGGUCUCGAUCGCCGAGCUUCAACUGCCACAAGACCGACUAUCCGCACGUCAGCAUACUCGGAGAGAACCUCGUUUCAUUCCACGCGGAGCGCAGACGACAUCGCCAUGACUCCGGUACCAUCACCAGGGUAUAGGUCGAGUUUGUCACCGAAUGGUCAACUUGCUGCAAAUAGCGAGCCACCCAACAGCGGAUUUUCUUUUGAGACUGCGGAGGAGCACCACGCUCUAUCGGACAACUCUCCCUCCAAGGCGCGGACUCAAGAUCCCGCAAAGCAGAAGAGCAGCGUGCCCCUGGCCAAAGACUAUGGCAGCCUUAUCAAUCCCAGCAAAGAAGUUCCGAAUACGGCUCGAUUCAAGAAAGAUUAUUGGAAGAACGUUCAAGUAGGCGACUUUGUCCGUAUCUACAGCGAUGAACAGAUGCCGGCCGACGUUGUUGUCUUGUCGACUUCCGAUCCUGACGGGGCUUGCUACAUUGAAACCAAGAAUCUGGAUGGCGAAACGAAUUUGAAGGUUCGUCACGCCCUACAGGCCGGUCGAAAAGUGAAGCAUGCCAGAGACUGCGAGUAUGCCGAGUUCACCAUCGAGAGCGAAGGACCACAGCCCAACCUUUACGGCUACAACGCUGUGGCCAAGUGGCAGCAACACGAUCCGAAAGAUCCGAAUGGCCCUGGUCGUGCAAUGGCUGAACCGAUCAGCAUCAACAAUCUCCUUCUGCGUGGAUGCAGCCUAAAGAACACCGAAUGGGUACUGGGUGUAGUUGUGUUCACCGGCCAGGAAACAAAAAUCAUGUUGAACUCUGGCAUGACCCCGACUAAACGUGCGCGCAUGGCUCGAGAUCUGAACUGGAACGUUAUCUACAACUUCAUCAUCCUGUUCUUUAUGUGUUUGAUUUCCGGUAUCGUGCAAGGUGUAACCUGGGCAGACGGAGACAAUACCCUGAAUUAUUUCGAGUUCGGGUCAAUUGGUGGCAGUCCUCCGCUGGACGGCUUCAUCACAUUCUGGUCUGCAGUCAUCUUGUUCCAGAACUUGGUGCCCAUUUCUCUUUACAUUACAUUGGAAAUCAUCCGAUCAUUGCAAGCAUUCUUCAUUUGGUCGGAUGUGUACAUGUAUUACGAGAAGCUGGAUUACCCGUGCACACCAAAGACCUGGAAUAUUUCCGACGAUCUGGGACAAAUUGAGUACAUCUUCUCGGACAAGACAGGAACGUUGACUCAAAACGUCAUGGAGUUUAAGAAGUGUACUAUCAAUGGUACGCCCUAUGGUGAAGCAUACACCGAAGCAGAGGCUGGCAUGCGGCGAAGACAAGGAAUUGACGUCGAGGCUGAAUCAGCUCGGAUCAACCGUCAAAUCGCUGAGGCUCGUGUUGAAACACUGAAACAAUUGCGAAAAAUCUACGACAACCCUUAUCUCCACGACGAUGAACUCACAUUCGUGGCACCAAAUCUCGUCGCUGAUCUGAAUGGGAAUUCUGGCGAGGCUCAGGCGCGAGCAUGUGAAGCUUUCUUCGUUGCUCUGGCCCUCUGCCAUACGGUGAUUACAGAAACGACGCCAGGAGAUCCACCCAAGAUUGAAUUCAAGGCGCAAUCUCCCGAUGAAGCCGCUCUUGUCGCCACCGCCCGAGACAUGGGAUUCACCGUCCUGGGCCGAACCAACGACGAUUUGCAUGUGAAUGUUAUGGGAGAAGAUCGGACAUACCGUAUCCUCAACACCCUCGAGUUCAAUUCCACUCGAAAGCGGAUGAGUGCUAUUGUCCGGAUGCCGGAUGGUCGAAUCAAACUGUUUUGCAAAGGAGCCGAUAGCAUGAUCUAUACACGAUUGAAGCGAGGUGAACAGCAAGAACUUCGCAAAGCCACAGCCGAGAAUCUGGAGGUCUUUGCACGAGAAGGUCUCAGAACUCUUUGUGUGGCUGAGAAAGACCUUGAUGAAGAAUUGUAUCAAGAGUGGAACAAAGACCAUGAUUUUGCCGCCCAGGCGCUGGCGGACCGUGAAGAUCGCUUAGAAGAAGUGUCCGAUCGCAUCGAGAGAGACCUCACGCUGCUCGGUGGUACUGCGAUUGAAGAUCGUCUCCAGGACGGCGUCCCUGAUACUAUCGCCUUACUUGGACAGGCUGGCAUCAAACUGUGGGUGCUGACGGGUGACAAAGUCGAAACUGCCAUCAACAUUGGAUUUUCAUGCAAUCUCCUUUCCAACGAGAUGGACUUGAUCCUGUUUGAUAUGCCCGAAGGUAACCUGGAAGAUGCUGGCAAACUACUCGAUCAGCAUCUUCAGACAUUCGGAAUGACUGGUUCGGACGAAGAACUGGCUGCGGCCCGACUUGUCCAUGAACCUCCAGCACCAACCCAUGCUCUCAUCAUUGAUGGUGAGACUUUGAAACUGGUUUUGUCAGACGACUUGAGACAGAAGUUCCUCCUGUUAUGCAAACAAUGCAGGUCUGUUCUUUGUUGCCGAGUGAGUCCCGCACAAAAGGCUGCAGUGGUUCAGCUCGUCCGGAAUGGUCUUGACAUUAUGGCCUUGUCCAUUGGUGAUGGAGCCAACGACGUGGCCAUGAUUCAGGAAGCUGACGUUGGCGUGGGUAUCGUUGGUGAGGAAGGACGUCAAGCUGCGAUGUCUUCGGAUUACGCCAUUGGACAGUUCCGAUUCUUACAGCGCCUUGUCCUCGUCCAUGGCCGUUGGUCUUAUCGUCGCCUGGCCGAGUCCAUCGCCAAUUUCUUCUACAAGAACUUGGUAUGGACUUUUGCACUCUUCUGGUACCAAUUAUACAACAACUUCGACAUUUCCUACCUUUUCGACUACACUUAUAUUCUCUUGGUCAACUUGGUCUUUACCUCCUUCCCGGUUGGACUGAUGGGUAUCCUUGAUCAGGAUGUCAGCGACAAAGUCUCGUUGGCGGUACCACAACUAUACCGACGUGGAAUGGAGAGGAAGGAAUGGUCGCAGCUUAAGUUCUGGCUCUACAUGGCUGAUGGUCUUUACCAAUCUGUCAUGUGUUUCUUCAUGACUUAUCUCCUUUUCCAGCCGGCUACGUUCAACGUCUCGAGCGGCCGGAAUAUUGAUGACCGUGAGCGCAUGGGUGUCUAUGUUGCUUGUUCGGCCAUCUUCGUCAUCAACGCAUAUAUCCUUAUGAACACUUAUAAAUGGGACUGGAUCAUGGGUCUGGUCACUGCGCUCAGCGUUCUGCUGAUCUUCGCAUGGACUGGGAUCUAUUCGUCGUUCACGGCAUCGUUCCAGUUUUACAAAGCUGGUUCGGAAGUAUAUGGCUCCCUGACCUUCUGGGCGCUGAUGUUCUUGACCAUCAUUGUCUGUCUGCUUCCCCGCUUUGCCGUCAAAUUUUUCCAAAAGAACUUCAGACCCUACGACAUCGACAUUGUUCGAGAACAAGUCCGACAGGGCAAGUUCAAAUAUUUGGACGAAUACGAGGCGUACGUGCCUCCGAAGGUGGUGGAUGUCUCCGUGACUUCGUCAGAGCAGCCUGAGGAGACUUCAACGGAGGCCGAGGGCUCUCGGAACCAUGCGAGAUACCCAAGCAUGGCAGAAUCGCAACGACCUAUAAUAUAUGCACCCUCCGAGGCCGCGAGUCGCCAUCCCCACAGUCAGACGGGCAGUGAUGGUACGGACAGAACCAAGCCGUCACUUGAUAUGCAUAGGUAUCCUGGGGACUCGACGACGCCGGACAAGCUCCGACAAAGGCGACCCUCACUGGAACGCGUUCGUUCCUCAUUUGAGAGGCAACGUCAGUCCCUUGACAAGCUCAGACCGAGCUUCGAAAACAGCCGAGAUUUCAGCUCGGCCGCAAUGCUGAAUCGAAUAGAGUCAGGGUACUCCGCCUCCAACUAUUCGACACCUAUCUCGGCUUUGACUACGCGAAGGACGAAUGUUCCCGAUGAGCAACGGCAAUGA